AUGCCAUCACGUCGAGAUCCGACUCUGGGCCCGCGGGUCUCAAUUUCCUCCUUCGGUCCUACCAUCGAACACCCCAAAUGCGGAUACUGUACAAAAGAUGCUUCAAUUCCAUGUACAACUUGUAAUGCUACCUGGUAUUGUACAGUAGCCUGCCAGAGAGUCGAUCGCGAUGUUCAUGACAUUAUCUGCCAGAAAUUCGCAGAUUUUGUUGCGGCGCACCCGUGUCCCGAUGAUACUGCUGAGAAAAAAUACAGACUUGGUCUCCUAUUGCCAGUCGAUUCGGAGGACUUUGAAUUGGCAUGGAUUGCCAAUGGUUCUAAUGGAAAGUCGGUUGCAACAUUUCUUCAAUAUUACGACCAAGAUCGGAUCAACACUCGCAGCACUCUUGUGGAUUACAAUAUGGCAAGCAAGAAGUUUGAUCAUUCCAUUAUUUUGGCUGUCCGAGGAGACUUUCUCACUGAUAACUCUCCACCGAAUGCUUGCAUCAACCAUAUCAUGGAUGGGAAUAUGAAGUUCGCCUUUAAGGGUCCAGUUGCUGUUGUUAGAGAGCGUGGUUGGGGCUCAGUUGGAAGUGCCCAGCAUUUUCAGCCAUACGAUUUUCGGAUUCUAAUCGAUUUUCUCUUCAACUAUGAAGGAAAGCCAAAUACUAAUAUCGGUCAUGGUUGUGGCGAGGAACCGAGGAAUAUUUUGGGCACGUCAGUGAGCCGCGUUUUAAAAUUUCUGAAGGGGAAAGCUCAAGAUGGAAAGAGAAAGUCUAAGAAUGCUCCUCUCGGCGGCGAAGAACGUAGAACCUACAGAAAGCGCGCCGAAACAUUUGCUGAACCAGACUGGAUGAGAAACUCGGAAACUUUUCUUCCGAGACACAAAAUGCAGCGCUCAAAAUCGAGUAUCAAUCUUGGUAGUUUCAGAGACGAUGUUUCUUCGCUACAUGAGGCUGAAUCAUUUGUCAUGCCAGAUUUUCUGCCAGAUUGGAUUAGGGAGUCGGUUUCAAUUGCCGCCGGAUCUAGGGUGCAUUCCGAGAUAGCUCCAUCUCUUUCUAUCAAUACAGAGAAGGCUUUCGAGGAAUCUGAUAGUAUUUUCAGUACGACAAUUACUCCAAUAUCGCCAGUCACCUCGAUUGCGGCGACUACUAAGCAAGCUCGUCGUAAAGACAAUGUAUCUGUUAGAGGAUCUCUUGAUAUUUUCGACCUCUACAACUUGAAUAGAAAUAGAGGUAACCAUGACGACUCCGCAUCUCUUCUAUCGAGCGGACCAAACUCAUCCAUCCUAACCACCACUUCGUUCUUUCAGCCCAAAACAGUCCUUCAACUCAGACCAACAAUUGGGAAAGUGAAAGAUUCCUCGACAUUAAACAGAAGAUCAUCGUUCUUCAGUCGUCCAAAAUCUAAAAGUGUCGAGCUAAACCGCGAUCAUAUGGUACUUAAACGAAGUAUGACCGGCUCGAUCAUGUCGCCAUGGACAGUGUAA